GGGUUACAAAGCAAAUGGGACAGAAGAUGAGAAAGCGUGAGAUGUUGCUAGGCGGCUCGUCAUUGGCUGAGCAGAAGCCCCCUCGUGUGGAGGAAAUAUCACCAAGGAAACUUACUCUUGCUGCCUUGGUGUAUGUUUUCCUCCCUGCCAGGGGUUGUCUUUAAAUAGCCUUCUGCUCGGAAUAAAGACGCAUCAAGCGAGAAACCACCUAGUCAUGUUCUCCUCUUCUCCUCUCCCGCAGUUACAUUGCAAGCUCUUUGCAAAAAUGGGCGACGACCGACCUUUUGUGUGCCACGCUCCAGGCUGUGGACAGAGAUUUACCAAUGAGGACCACUUGGCUGUACACAAACACAAGCAUGAGAUGACACUAAAGUUUGCACCCCGGACGGACUCUGUCAUUAUCGCAGACCAGACGCCUACUCCCACUCGCUUCCUAAAGAACUGUGAGGAGGUCGGUCUGUUUAAUGAUCUAGCCAACUCCUUCGAACAAGACGACGAUGACAACAAACGAGCGAAGAACUCUCUCCCUGCUGCCUCUUCAGUGGCUUUGGACAUGAGUCUACAGACACCAUCAGAUGUGAAGGUGAAAGAGGAAACACCUGUGGAGGUUGACUCCUCGCCACCAGACAGCCCUGACUCAAUUUCUGCAACACCAGAGAGCAGAAGAGAGCUCUUGGUCAAGGACAUGCCACCCAGGAGCUCAGCACCGACACCCACCAUUGUGCGCCCAGGUUCCCUUCCGCUGCACUUAGGUUUUGACGCCUUUCAGCCCACCAUGCCGUCGCCCACCUCCGUUAUCACACAGGCACCACCUUCUAAUCGCACUUUAGGUUCACCAACAAGCCACUACUCCAUGAUGAUGCUCCCCUCGGGCCAGGCAGUGCCUGUCCUUCCAGGGCCUGUUCAGAUGCCAUCUGUCAUCAACCUUGCCCGACCCAUGUGCAUGGUACCAAACAUUCCCGGGAUCCCUGGUCCUCCUCUGGGAAGCAGCAGCAGUGGUUCAAACUCCCCUUCUGGCUACAGCAUCCACUGUGAGGCCAAGAUGCGUCUGAGGGCAGCGUUGUCCCAGCAGAGCCCAUCUGGACACAGCAUAGCCAUGAUGGGCAUGGGCAACAGCCCCAUGGUGCCUCAGAGAGCCGAACAGAGCCAGCUGCUUGUCCAGCAGCCAGACGCUCCAUCACCUGCACAGCCUCAGGUAUCACCAGCACAGCCCACAGGUGGGCGUCGGCGACGGACGACAGACGAUGACCCAGACGAGCGAAGGCAGCGCUUCCUGGAGAGGAAUCGAGCGGCGGCAUCACGAUGCAGGCAGAAACGCAAACUGUGGGUCAACUCUUUGGAGAAAAAGGCAGAGGAGCUCAGCACCAUGAACGUCUCGCUGUCGAACGAGGUGUCGCUGUUGAGAAACGAGGUAGCUCAUUUGAAGCAGCUGCUGCUGGCGCACAAGGACUGUCCUGUCACCACCCUGCAGAAGAAAUCCGCCUACCUGGUAGCUGUCGACGAGAGUAUGAAAGAUACCUCAGAGCCUACGGGUUCCCCCGCGCCGGUGAUCCAACACAGCUCGUUGGCGCCCAGCCCUUCGGCUGGUCAUAAUGGCCUGAGCUCAAGGGCGGCGGCCGAAGCCAUGGCCAUGUCUGUGUUGGCCGGAUUGGGUCAACAGCAAAACGUCGAGAGCGGAGCAUCUCACAUUAUCAUGGCCGCACAUUCGCAGUCCUCCGGCAGAUGAUAAGCAAUGUCGCCACGCAGACUCGCCUCACGUUUGCCACUCAAGGAAGAAGAGCAGCAUCUUCUCAGCCCCUUAAAGCCCCUCUUCUGUCGAGCCAUCACGCUGUGGCCUGGAGCUCAGUAGCAGCCUUCUGGAAAUGGACUGAGACCUUUGAGAGAGCUUCCUGUUCACUUUGCCGUUGAUGAGAGGGGCUGGACUCCCCCUUUUGCUCCUUGUUGUGUCUCCAAACCCUCACUCAAUGGUUGACAUGUUCCACUCACACAUAAGAGAGCAGACAGCACUCACUGGCUGGAUUUAUACAGUACGUCGAAGUGCCCAGGAGGUUGCUCCUUUCUGUGGCUGGAUUGGAUUCUCACUCUGGCAGAACUGGUAUUAGCCAACUUUUUUUGAACAAAGAACUUCGAUUUGGACCUUCUGUGCCUUGUGUGGUGUAUUUGAGCCCAUCUGUAUUUAUGUUUGAUGAGAAGGAGCACCGAGUGAAGAUGACUGCUGCAUUAGCAUCUCACACUAGCAUAUAGCAGAUUAUUUUAGAUGUAUUUUUUUUGUUCAUCCAUAUUCGAUAUCACUACGGUUCCAAAACAAUCCGCAUGCACACGUCCCAAAAUGCACAUGAACAACCACACAAGUGACAACAUGGAAGUAAAUGUUAUGUAGUUGUUGUAGUCCUGGAGGGGUCCUUUCUCCCAUCCCACUCCAUCUAUUCCUUAUGCUCUAUAUGAAGUAUUACAUAAUACUACAGUGUUGUGAAAAAAAAUUUCCCUUUUCCCAUAUUCUUAGUUUUUCGGUUCAGUUUCCCCUCUUUAGUAUCAGACAAAGAUAACCCAGGUGGACAAAGUGCAGUUUUUAAAUGGUGGUUUUUAUUUAAGGGGAAAAAAAUAUUCAAAGCUACCUGGCCCUGUGUGAAAAAGUAAUUGCCCCCCAUGUUCAAUCAUUAAUUGUGGCUCAUCACAUUUUUUGGAAAGCUGAGUUCAUUUUCAUUGACCACACUCAAGCCUGAUUAGCUCCAGACCGGUUGAAUCAAGAAAUUACUCAAAUAGAACCUGUCUGACAAAAUGAAGUCGGGCAAAAGAUCUCAAAAAGCCGCAACAAAUUGCCACGAUCCAAAGAAAUUCAAGAACAGAUUAGAAAUAAAUUUGUUGACAUGUAUCAGUCUGGCAAGGGUGACAAAGCCAUUUCUAAAGAUUUAGGACUCCAGUGAAACAUGGUAAGAGCCAUUAUCCUCACAUGGAGAAAACAUGGGAGAGCAGUGAACUUUCCCAGGAGUGGCUGGUACAAACAUUACUCCAACGGCACAGUGACGACACAUCCAGGACAUCACUAGGGAAUUUAGGACAUCAUCUGAAGAACUGUAGACCUCUCGCCCCAGUUAAGAUUAGUGUUUAUGACUCAAAAAUAUGGAAGAGACUGGGUGGAAACCACUGCUGACCAAAAAGAACAUAUUGUCUUACUUUUGCAAAAAAAUAUAUGAAUGAUUCCCAAGACUUCUUGGAGAAUAUUCCAUGGAGUGACGACACUAAAGUUGAACUUUUUGGAAGGUGUGUGUCUCUUUACAUCUGGUGUAAAUGUAACAGCAUUUCAGAAAAAGAUCAUUCCUACAGUCAAACAUGGUGGUAUUGUGAUAGUUUAGGGUUGCUUUUUUACUGCAGGCUCUGGAUGACUUGUUGUGAUUGAUAGAACCAUGAAUUCUGCUCCUUACCACAAAAUCCUGAAGGAGAAUGUCCGGCCAGCCGCUCGUGACCUCUAGCUGAAGCGCACAGGACAACAAUCCAAAACACACCAGCAAGUCAACUUCUUAAUGGCUUAAAAAAAACUAUUUAGGUUUUAGAGUGUCUACUCACUCAAAAAAAAAAAAUAAUAAGUCAAAGUCUGGACUGACUCCAGUGUUGCAGGAUCAAAAUUCUGCAAGGACGAGUGGUCCAAAAUAUCUUCACACAGAUGUGAAAAACUCAAUGCCAGUUAUAGAAACCAAUUAUUAGGUUUAGGGGGCAAUCUUUCACACAGAGCCAAGUAGCUUUUAAUUUUUUCCCCCCCUUAAUAUAUACAAUCACCAUUUAAAAACUGCAUUUCAUGUUUACUUGGGUUAUCCAUCCAUCCAUUUUCUGAGCCGCUUCUCCUCACUAGGGUCGCGGGCGUGCUGGAGCCUAUCCAAGCUGUCAUCGGGCAGGAGGCGGGGUACACCCUGAACUGGUUGCCAGCCAAUCGCAGGGCACAUGCAAACAAACAACCAUUCGCACUCACAUUCACACCUACGGGCAAUUUAGAGUUAUCAAUUAAACUACCAUGCAUGUUUUUGGGAUGUGGGAGGAAACCGGAGUGCCCGGAGAAAACCCACGCAGGCACGGGGAGAACAUGCAAACUCCACACAGGCGGGCCCGGGGAUUGAACCCCGCUCCUCAGAACUGUGAAGGCUGACGCUCUAACCAGUCGGCCACCGUGCCGCCUUACUUGGCUUAACUUUAUCUAAUAUUUUGUUUGAUGAUGUCAAACAUUAAAGUGGGGGGGAAACGGCAAAUAAAUAAGAAUUUGAGAAGAGGGCAAAUACUUUUUCACAGCACUAUAUGCUUUCGCUGCAUUUUGGAUCUGUGUGUGCAUAACAUUUGUUUGUGCAGACGCGGCUUCUAUGAGUCAAUCAAAUUCGAUGCUGUCACUCACACUGACGUUUAUCCCAUCUGUGCAUUUAUGCUGCGGUCACAUUAGUAACAGAUAAUCAGAUUUUUAUCCACAUCUGCAAAGGGCCCGAUUCUGACCUGAGGAUAUCCGAUUUUAUGCUUUUUUUUUUUUUUUUUUUUUCAUCCCAAUUGUGCCAAAAGUCUGAAUUGUGGCUUGACGCAUGCAGUGUAAAUCCACCUUUUUAAACAUUUUCACACAAAGAGUGCCUCGACUUUUUAGCCAUGCAAACAGACACAAACACACACACGCUCCAUAGCUCUUAAUUCAAAUACUCCCAAAUAUUUUAUAACAUGCUUCACACACACACUGAUGUCAAUUUAAAAAUCUUACCUCAUGUUACACCCCUUUACGAGACAAUUUAUAAACUGUCAAUGGUUCUAUGUAAAUCCCAACAUAGCGCUUUGCUUACGCCUCAUCAUAUGUGAUAGCUAGAUUUAUUUUCUUCUUUUGGCCUACUUUUAUAUGCAGCUUUAUGUACAGUAUAUUCAAAAUUGGCACGUUCGCCAAGAUGAGUAGAAAGAAGUGGUUAAAAUACUAAAAUGAGUUGUGAGUCAUCCAUAUGUUUUUCCCUCCUGAAGGGAAUUUGUUUCCAUCUUAGUAACAUUUCAACGAGUGUGAGUUGUGACUUAAGUUGCACUGUAACUCAGGAUUGCACAUUCUUGCUGCUUGUAGAAAUGGGAUGCAUCCCACGUGCUCCUUACCAAAAAAUAAAAAAUUUAAUACAAAAUACAAAGCCAUAUACAGUAUAAUAUGACCACAAAUAGAAGAAAAAAAAAAGUCCACCUCUGAAGGUUUUUCUCUCUGUUGCCACAAUAUCAUUGCUUCGAAUUGCACUUCUUGUCUCUGAUCAGUUGGCCUUAAAAUCAUGUGUGCCUCUUCAUAUCCCACGUAAACAUUCUUUUCUGGACAAAAAUAUAUUGAACAGGGAUUCAAAGGUUAAGAAUGAAUCAUGGUCAUUUCCACCAUCCACUUUUGUAUUAUGGAAACAAUACUGUCGUCUGGUGAAGAAAUGGGGUUACAACGUGCAAAUAUUUUCCGUUUUCUUGUCAUUUUUUAAAUCCCUUUUUCCCGUGGCAUGGUCAUAAAGUUGCAAAAAAGAAAAGGAAAAAAACGGAAAAAACAUCUAUUGCAAAACUUAUUGCAGGAAUGUGGUUGCUUGGGUCAGUGUGCUUUUCAUGCUGUUGUUCUUAUUCUGACAAUCUUUUGUUUCAAACAUAUUUAAAAUAUCAUUUAUUUUCCUUUUUUCUGUACUGUAAAACAUCAAUGGGGGAAUAACUCGUUUCACAUUUGGCUGGUUUUCAAAUUUGUAUAAAUUCAAUGUGGUCACUUGUUCAUUUCUGCAUUUUCGCCCAGAACUGUACAACUUGCUACGGAACACUUCAUCAUGAAGUUGGGCUUUUCCCCUAACUUAUUAACAAAAAUCACGACAGUCGUCAGCAUACUAACUUGACCUGUAGUUAUAGUAGUGAAAGGAGCUAUUUGUAGAAUAUGUUGCAACAAUCUUAGUUGCAUUCACAUUGUUUUAUUUUUGUAACACUCCCAUGGUAUACUGAUGAUUGGAUAAUGUCAUUUUACUGUAAAUAUCUAUCAUACAAAUAUAUGUAUUUGUUCAUGCAUGUCCAAGUGGAUACUAUGAACAUAAACAGUUUUGCUGCAGUUUUCAUAAAAGAUAAUGAGGCGUUAUGAGCAGUGAAGCACAUUUGUUUUCAGUUAUCGUUGGUUCGCAAAACUAUACUUUCAUAUUCACUGAUUGUUUACUAGUUCUCAAAUUCAGUUGCAGAUCAUAUACUGAGAACUUCAACAAAGUGAGAAAUAAAACAUGUUUUAUA